AUGGCGACUGAUGAUCUCUCUCCACCGGGGAGCAGUACAUAUUCAUCAAACACAAUGUAUGUUGGAGAUGGAACAUGGGAUGCUACGAAAAAUGAUUUCUUGUUGCCCAAUUUAAUGGGAUUGAAUUUCGAGACGAUGAGAUAUAAUGGAAUGGGAAAUAGAUUCGCGACAAUGCCUGGAUAUAAAGGAUUAAUUACAGCUCAUGGUGUACUUGCUGCAAUGACAUUUCUAUUCAUCGUACCUGCGGCGAUAUUCAUCGCGAGAUUUUAUGGUCGGGAUAUACGAAAUGCGAUUCGAUAUCACAUAUAUUUACAAAUCAUGACGCUUCUUCUAUCAACAGUUAUUUUCAUACUUGGAUGGAUGGCAGUAGGCAAUGCGCGAAGCUUAACGAAUCCUCAUCAUGGUAUCGGAUUGGCAAUUUAUGUUCUCAUCUGGGUACAAUUCUUAUCGGGCUGGUUGACACAUAAUUCGGAAAAGAAACGAGUCUUGAGAAGGAUUCCAUUGAAGGCUGUCUUGCAUCAAUGGAUAGGUCGUGCAACAGCACUUCUUGCAAUUGCGCAAGUACCUCUAGGACUGACUUUAUAUGGAUCACCAAAAUAUCUCUUUGUACUAUUUGCGGUCUGGAUGGGUCUCUUGGUAUUACUAUACUUCAUUCUUUCUUACAGGGCACUACAGGCGCUCCCUGAAGUAUUACGAGAAGGAAGUCGACAUGGCGAGGUAAUCCAAGAGAGAAGAAAGAGUUCAUUUGGUAUAGGAAUACUUGGUCCAUUACUCGCAGGUGCCGGAGCUGCCGCUUUACUUGGAAACCGAGAUCGAGAUAGGAGUAGAAGUAGGAGUCGCAGUCGCAGUCGCAAUCACAGUAGAAUUCGAGAAGAAGUCAUACCUUCGCGCAGGGGCUCAAGAUCUCGACGCGGAUCAGUAAGUUACGUCGAAGAAGAGAAAUACGAGUCUAGGAAAAAGGAUGGUGGCGGUGUUAUGAAUUCAUUAUUCAAGGGUGCGGCAGUCCUUGGAGCCGGUGCGCUCGCGAAGAGCUUCUUCGAUCGACGACAGCGAACAAAGCACGAGGACGAAUAUUCUUCUGUUGCUCCGGAUACUCCGGGUAGAAGGCAACAUAGACGUAAUGACAGCGAAUAUAGUGACUCAACUCUUACAACCGAACAAACAAAUCAUUAUGAAAAUCGCCGAGGAAGUCGUUCCAUCUUACCUGGACCCGGAGCUCCAGUAGCUGCUGCGGCUGCUAUUAGUGCUGCAAAAGCACGUCCAACAACUCCAAGACCCGUAACGCCCGUAACUCCGAGACCAGUACGAAGUCAAGCUGGCCGAGCUCAUAGUUUUGAUUCUAUGAGUUAUUCCUACGAUUACGGAUCUGGUACUACAGCUAGUCCAUCUCGAAGACCACAAGAAAGUAAUGGACUACGAAAUGGAUUACUUGCUAGUUUGGGAAUAGGCUGGUUUGCCAAGAAAAUGAAAGAUCGUAGAGAAAAGAAGGAAAUGGAUCGCAUCGAACGCGAGGAAGAUGAAAAAUAUGAACGACAGAGAGCUUCUCGACACAUUAAUCAAGGUUCAAAUUUGACAAGCGACGCGUUUCCACCCAGAACUCAUAUCAGACAAAGUUCUUUAGAAUCAUCCGAACUCUCGUCACUUGUCGAUCCUCAUCCGGCACCUAGAGCAACGGUAUCAGUACCAGCUCCAGUUCCGGUAAAUAUGGGUCAAUCUCGUUCUCACCAUGAUGUCGUUACAGAAACAGUGUCAAUGCCUCCUAUGCCUACCGAUCCAUAUGGCGUUCUUCAUCAACCUUCCGAUAGUGAUGUCACUCCCACCCCUGGUCGAAGUCGUCGCCGAUCAUCUAUUCGAAGAGAGGAAGGAGAGGCUGCUGCUGCUGCCGCCGCCGCUGGAGCUGCCGGCCUUGCCGCAGAAGAGGAACGUCGUCGUCAAAGAUCCCACUCUAGAUCGGCAGUUGCAAGUCCACCUGUCAGUGUUAAAGUAAAAAUGCAUGGCGAUAAAGACCGCAAUGUUACUUUGAGACGUCUUACAGAACAAGAAGCUGCGGCAGAACGUGCCUCGAGAAGAGCUCGAAGUGGCCAAAGACGUUCGCGAAGGGAUUCAGCAAGUGACUUCAGUGAUGGCGAAGUAUCAUCUAGGUAUAGACGAGAAGCGGAGAAGAGAGCUGAGAGAAGAGCUGAAUCAAUAGUUAGAGAUAAACAUGAAGAGGCUGGCAUUCCACCACCACCAAUAGGUCCUCUUACACCACCCAACCCUGCAUUUGCAGGUGGAAAGAAACCCAAAGAUUCAGGUUACUACUCUGGACGACCGCAGAGUUCUGGUAGACCACAAAGUGCUGGCAAACAGGAUCCGAGUGUUGCUGGAGGAAGUAUAUUCGAUGCAGGAAGGAGUAAUAUGUCCGAAGAUACUCAUGGUACAUGGAGUGCCAUGAGUCCAGAUUCUGGUACUGAUCACGCGAGAGAAAGGCGACAAAGGAGGAGAAUGGAGAGGCAAAGACAAAGUAUAGGAACUGGAACGGCUGGCACAGUUGAUUUUACUUGA